AUGGUGAACGGGACCGCCGCCGUGUUGGAGCCCACGUUCACCGGCUACGUCGCAACCACUCAAGAUGCUCUCCUCCUCUUUGAGGCAUGCUUAACCGGUGUCUUACAUCACGUUCCGCGCCGACCUCACGACCGCGAACGGAGUCAUCUCGUGCGCAGCGGCAGCGUCUUUAUCUAUGAGGAGAACGCCUCGGGUAUCAAACGAUGGACCGAUGGAGUCACCUGGAGCCCGAGUCGCAUUCUGGGGAACUUCCUCGUCUACCGCGAAUUAGACAAGCCAUUCCCUCCCGGGGAAAAGAAGCGCGCCAUGAAGAAGGCCACUCGACGACCCGUCCCAACUGGCCGGCCUGGGGAGCCCUAUCAGCGACAUGAGAGUACUCCAGGCUACUCUCCAACAUCUCCCAGCUCUGGACCCUUUUCGGACCGUUCAUCCCAUCAAUCAGAGGUGGAGCGCGCAUUGGUGGGGUCUCUCGUCGACUCCUACGGCUUCAAAGACUCCGGACUCGUCAAGAAGACGAUGAGCGUGACGGUUUCCGGCGUGACUCACCAUUUAGUCUCAUACUACAGUGUGGAGGAUGUGAUGCGCGGUGUGCUCAACCCACCUUCGAUGGUCGACUCCUUGCGCUUUAUCCGACCCCGCAACGAACUCACCCAAAAACAAAGCUUCCGAGCACCGAUCGACGAGCUGGACGGCGCCACCGCCGUCGACUCCCAGGAGCCCUCCCACGCUGCUCUGUACGGAUAUCGCCCGCAGAUGAUGGCCCCACCCACCUACGCCAUGCCCAACCCGUCCAGCGAAUACUACAUGCACCCGAGUCCGUACGCCGCCUCGCAUCCUCCCCAGCCAGGCCCGAUCCCAGGCUACGCGAUGGGAGCCCCGAUGCCCUCUCAACCCGCGCCAAACCAGUACCUCCCCAACCCAGGGCAGACCGGCAACCAGCUAAAGCAGGACGACUACCACGCUUUCCGCACCGGCCCUUAUGGAGGCAGCAUGGACUCGAUCAGCUCGCACAGCAUGGCCUCCAUCCCCGGCGGCGGCAUGAACCCGGGCUUAUCCAGCUCGCUCAACGAACGCAACCGAUCAACCUCCGACCACAGUCCCUCCGCCUAUCGCAAUUCCUCUAUCUCCUCGCGCAGCCAAGCUACUGACGCUACCUCACCAAUGGAUCCUUCUACACCGGGUACUGCUUACUCCCGCGGCAGCUUCAGCAUGCCCGGACAGAUGGAGAAUCCUCACCCCGCGCUCGACCGCAACAUGCCCGGUCUGGAUCCCGGCAUCCCCCGUCGCGAAUCCAAUUCCAUCCACCCGUCUUACUACGCCGCCGAUCGCUCCCAAUACUACAUCCCUGCGCCUUACGCUGGUACCCAGUCCAUGUCUACGUGGACAACUACGGCCGCGACGCAGCCGCAGAUGGCGCAGCCUCAAAUCUAA